GUGACACUGAGGAAGUGGUCAUGGUCUUUGAGCAAUGAGAACAGGAGCGCAAAACAGGACACAAAAGAGGACGCAAAACUUCUCUAAUGAAAAAGGACACCACGGUUUUGACAGGUUCAGUGCUCCAUAUGUAAUUCUAUUAGAUAUUUGUCUCCAAAAUGGAAAUUAAAAGAUGGAGACAGCACUUAGUGCUAGCCUGGUCUGCCACUGCAAUGCUUUAUACAUCUGGUCACAGGAAAGGCUGGAGGAAAAACCUUCUUCAUUUCAUUGUCUGUUUUACCAUCAGCCUCAUCUUCAAUGCAUUCCUCUUCCUGUGUCUCCAUAAUUCUCUGAAUUACGGCAUGGUAAUCUCAGGUAGCAUUGCAGGCGCAUGUGUAGUGGUUGUGACCACCGUGUUGUUUUUCUCCAAACGCGUUCGCUGCUUUGGGAUUCUAUUCCUCAUCUCCUGCGGCAUGCAGCAAGGAAGGAACCUGCUCAUAACUGCAGGAACUGGCCUUGUGGUCUUCUGGAACAUUCGAAACACAUUCGGCAACCUGAGAAAAUUGGCCAGAAGCAUGGAGUGUAACUUGGAGAAAAAGAUGCUGUCCAUUGAUCUUACACCACUCAGCAAUUAUGUCAAAAUUUUACAAUGGGUUGGUGACCAACUUGUAGGGAUCAAAGACUUAGGGAUUGCCAAAAUAACCUCUGAAUUUAAAAUUAGUUCCAAGAAAGACUCAAAGGAGUUAGAGGAGAAACUUCAACACGCACAUCGAGCACUCAACGAAACAGCGGAAAACGUGCUGUUCAUCAUGGACACCUUAUCAUCUGUCUGUCAGAAAGUAUUCCCUGCGCUGGGAACAAUUCUGCUCAUGGUCUUCACAGCAUUGCACCUGAGAAAUUAUUACUACAACAGGAAGUUUGCGAACACCUUCAUCACCAGCAAGUUCAUUCAGUAUGACGAGAAGCUGAAGGCUGAGGGCAAACCUCACGUCCUUCCCCUGACAGAAAAGGAAGCCAAACGGUACAUCACCAUUCCCUCACCUCGUCUGACAAUCAAGGAAGGGAAAAUGAUGCUGAAGUUCUGCAUUCCAGUCCUCACUAAUCUUCUGCUCUGGGUUUUAUUCAUUGGUGUUGAUGGUCUUCUCUACUGGCUUAUUUUAAUAAUCAGAAAGCACCUUGAACAGAUAGAGCCAUUCCAUGUCCCUUUGGUCAUGAAAGUGAAAGAAGACCAAUUUGUCAUUGGCAUCCAUGUCUCAGGAAAAUAUAAAAAGGAGGAUUUCUCCUUCUCCGUGGCCCUGUUUGAGAAGGAGUGUAUACCUGAGCCCAGUCUCCUGCUCUAUGAGUCUGUCGUACCGCUGGCCAUAAUUCUCAUCGUCCUGGUUGUCCUGGGCCUGCUGUCAGCCAAACUUAUGCAGCUGAAGCUGGUCGUGUCUGCGGCGUUUUACGACGACCACGCAGGCGAGAGGGUGGAGUACCUGCAUGCCAAAAUUCUCCGGAGCAGAUCGAAGACUAAGUUCAUUGAUACAAGGAGUAUUCUGGAAACACUUUUGAAAAAGACAAGCUUCUGGUUCCCAAUAUUUUUUCGUCGCCAAAGGGAUGAUACUAAACAACUAACCUGACUUCAAGAUAAAUGGAAGACAGCCCUUGGGUGAACCUGCUGGAUGUGGGCUUGUAUUUCAGUUGACAUUAUAAUACUUACUACAAAGGGAAUCUGAUUUUGCACUGACUGAUCCUCUGAUCCUUGCUCUAAUGUUCAUAUCUAUAAUGGUAAUGUUUAUAAUGUUACAGUGUAGCAGGUGCAUCCUCUAUAAUGCCUGAAGUCUGAUCACUUCUUUUUCAUUCAGCAGCCUGGGAACAGAGCUGCCCCUACUACUUUACCUGAAGACUGUAUCUGAAGGAGGCCUAUAGCCUAG